AUGGGCUCAGUAACAGAGACGCAGCAAUAUGAUAUUCCCACUCACUGCAAAGCGGGUGUGGUCAUCAACGAAGGUCCAGAUUUUCAUGUUGAGGUACAAAUGGUACCAGUGCCGGAGCCUGGGCCUGACGAUGUCUUGAUUCGACUGAACUUCACGGGGCUCUGCUCCUCGGAUAUCCACAUGAUGCAGGGUGACUUGGAUACACCACCCAUGUCGACGUUUGGCGUACGGUCUCCCGGCCAUGAAGGUGCAGGUAUUAUUGUCAAAGUUGGCGCCAAUGUCAAUAACUUCAGACUUGGUGAUCGAGCCGGGGUCAAGCCACUUCUAGAUACCUGUGGGUCUUGCCAUUUGUGCUGGGAUGAUAAGGAGACAUACUGCAAAAGAGCGAUUCAUACUGGCUUGAUGACCCCCGGGACGUACCAGCAAUAUCUCGUCUCUCCUGCACGAUAUGCAUCACCAAUCCCAGACGGUGUGCCCGAUGAAGUUGCUGCACCUAUUAUGUGCAGCGCGAGCACGGUUUAUCGGUCGCUCGUCGAGUCCAACUUGAAAGCUGGCUCCUGGGUAGUUUUCCCAGGUGGCGGAGGUGGCGUUGGCAUUCAAGGCGUACAGCUAGCCAAGGCCAUGGGGAUGCGACCAAUUGUCGUGGACACCGGUGAUGAGAAACGGGCGCUGUCCAUGAAAAUGGGUGCAGAAGCCUUCGUCGAUUUCAAGGAAGAACAGGAUCCUACCACGGCCGUCAUCCAGAUUGCUGAUGGAGUCGGCGUGCACGGUGUCUUCGUUACAGCCCCAGCUGCGUACAAAACGGCGGUCUCCUUUGUUGGCCAACGAGUAGGAUCCAUGGUGAUGUGCAUCGGGCUCCCUCCGGUGGGGUCACUGAUUCUGGGAACCGACCCCUGCGAGUACAUAUUCAAGAACCUCAGUAUCAAAGGGACCUUGGUGGGCAGUCGGAGGGACACCGCGGCCGCCUUGGACUUUGCCCGGCGUGGGGUGCUUCAGCAGAUCAGUGAAGUGUACCCAAUUAAUCGACUGCCCGAAGCAGUGGAAAAGCUUCGCAAAGGCCAAGUUGCAGGGCGCAUUGUGAUUAAUUUCAACUGGGAAGAGUGA